CGGCUUAGGCGGCAGCGCUCGCCAUUGCCGCUGGUGGCAGGAGGCUGCGAGGAGCCGGCGCGGUCGCAGUCUCCACGGCGCAGGCCCACGGUAGCGCAGCCGCUCUGAGGUACCUUCUCACUCAGGGCACUGUGACAGACACAGGGUUGUAAGCUGUAAUGUGGAGACGACUUUCCUCUUUGGCAGUAGAUCUUCAUGGAGGAACACGGAGUGACCCAAACUGAACACAUGGCUACCAUAGAAGCCCAUGCAGUGGCCCAACAAGUUCAGCAGGUCCAUGUGGCUACCUACACUGAACACAGUAUGUUGAGUGCUGAUGAAGACUCACCUUCUUCUCCUGAGGACACCUCGUAUGAUGAUUCGGACAUACUCAACUCCACAGCGGCUGAUGAGGUAACAGCCCAUCUGGCUGCUGCAGGUCCUGUGGGAAUGGCUGCUGCUGCUGCUGUGGCAACAGGAAAGAAACGGAAACGGCCUCAUGUGUUUGAGUCUAAUCCGUCUAUCCGGAAGAGACAGCAAACACGUUUGCUUAGGAAACUUCGAGCCACAUUAGAUGAAUAUACUACUCGAGUGGGACAGCAAGCUAUUGUCCUUUGUAUCUCACCCUCCAAACCCAACCCUGUCUUUAAAGUGUUCGGUGCAGCACCUUUGGAGAAUGUGGUGCGUAAGUACAAGAGCAUGAUCCUGGAGGACCUGGAGUCUGCCCUGGCAGAGCACGCCCCUGCGCCACAGGAGGUUAACUCAGAGCUGCCGCCUCUCACCAUCGAUGGAAUUCCAGUCUCUGUGGACAAAAUGACUCAGGCCCAGCUUCGGGCAUUUAUUCCAGAGAUGCUGAAGUACUCCACAGGUCGGGGAAAACCAGGCUGGGGUAAAGAAAGCUGCAAGCCCAUCUGGUGGCCUGAAGAUAUCCCAUGGGCAAACGUUCGGAGCGAUGUCCGCACAGAAGAGCAAAAGCAGAGGGUUUCAUGGACCCAGGCACUACGGACCAUAGUUAAAAACUGUUAUAAACAGCAUGGGCGGGAGGACCUUUUGUAUGCUUUUGAAGAUCAGCAAACACAAACACAGGCCACAACCACACACAGUAUAGCCCAUCUUGUACCAUCACAGACCGUAGUCCAGACCUUUAGUAACCCUGAUGGCACUGUCUCGCUUAUCCAGGUUGGUACAGGGGCAACAGUAGCCACAUUGGCUGAUGCUUCAGAAUUGCCAACCACAGUCACUGUUGCCCAAGUGAAUUAUUCUGCUGUGGCUGAUGGAGAGGUGGAACAAAAUUGGGCCACGUUACAAGGAGGUGAGAUGACCAUCCAGACGACACAAGCAUCAGAGGCUACCCAGGCGGUGGCAUCAUUGGCAGAGGCUGCAGUGGCAGCUUCUCAGGAGAUGCAGCAGGGAGCCACAGUCACCAUGGCACUCAACAGCGAAGCUGCCGCCCAUGCUGUCGCCACCCUGGCUGAGGCCACCUUGCAAGGGGGGGGACAGAUAGUCCUGUCUGGGGAAACCGCAGCAGCUGUCGGAGCACUUACUGGAGUCCAAGAUGCUAAUGGAGUAAUCACCGGUUCUACCCAAUUCUGGAAGACCCCUCGAGGACUGGUCCAGAUCCCUGUGAGCAUGUACCAGACUGUGGUAACCAGCCUCGCCCAGGGCAAUGGGCCGGUGCAGGUGGCCAUGGCCCCUGUGACCACCAGGAUAUCGGACAGCGCAGUCACCAUGGACGGCCAGGCUGUGGAGGUGGUGACGUUGGAACAGUGACAUGCAGCCAUAUCAUGGCAUCGUUUUCUAGUCUACUUCAAAAUUUUUUACACGUUUGCAGAGGUGCAAUCAAAUGGAAUUAAGUCUCUCGACUUUGGAAGAAAAGUUUUGUUAACCUUUUUUUUAAAAAGGAAGAAAGGCAGCGGAUUUUGGAAUUGCAUUUUUUUAAAGCACCACUUGAUUUUCUGGGAUUGGUGGAACAAGAUACUACGUUGUCAAUUUCACUGUCCCAAAAAAGCCAAAUUGUGGCAAGGACUUCUUUCUGCGAAAACGUGUGUAUACUUCUGUGUAUGUGUGAGUGUGAAUAUAUGUAUAUGUGUACAUAUGGAUAUACACAUUUACAUAUAUAGAUAAAGUAUAUAUAUGUGUGUGUGUAUGUAUGUGUGUAUAUGUAUGUGUGUAUGUAUAUGUGUGUGUGUGUGUGUAUAUAUAUAUACACAUAUACAUAUACAUAUAUAUAUAUAUAUAUAUAUAUAUAUAUAUAUAUAUAUAUAUAUGUAUAUGUAUGUAUGUAUGAAACCCGCAUGGAAUUAUCUGUAUGAGAUCAAGGUGAGCUGUGGAAAAAAUAAUUCACCCAGUUUAGUGGGUGUUGGGUACGUGGCCAGACACAGCCACCGGUUUUUGUUCAUACCAGGGUCAUGCGUUGAGCUACUGAGAAACUCAGGCAGAGGUGACCAUGCCCUUCACCAAAGCUGCCUCCCAGUGGCCACCCAGAACUCUCCCUGCUGGACUCGCCUGAGGAAGGAUGUUCCAGAAUGGGGUGAGGUCCAGAAACUGUGCUUGCAAGGUCCAGGGGCCUCGUGGUCUGGCAGCUGGGACGCUCCUCGGGCCGGCCCAGGUGCUGACCUUGCCGCGGGCAAGUGAAUGUCCUUAAAACUCCCAGGCACGGACGAGAGGGUUUUCCUCAGCCUCCCCUCUCCUCCCCUCCCCAGGAAACCUUCUUGAUCUCAUGACUAUUAACAUGUCGCUUUGGUUUUAAGGUCGGUCCUGAAUUGGUCAUGUAUAUGAACUGAAGGUAACAGAAGUGUUAAGGGUUGAGGAGUGCGUGCGCGUUCAGUGUGCUGUGGGUGUGUGCGUGGUGCGGAGAGAAUGGGGGCGUGGGAGGGGUUGGAAGGGGAAAGGAAGGAGGGAGAGAAAAAUCUUCAAAGACCAGGUUACACCAAUGGGAGCAAUUUAUUCCUUUCCUGUAACUUUCUGUAGCUUAACAGAGGAGACUGAAACUGACGGGGGCACCUGGCGCGAGGAAGGUUGGCCAUCACGCUGGGGGACGUUAGAGAGAGAGGGCUGAGGGUGCUUCCUGCACUCCUGGAUCAGGCCCUGUUUCAGAAGGAACCCUGCAGUUUUCCCAGGUGCAUCCUGCUGGGCCCGGGCCCCGCACAGCUUUCUUCUCACAGGUGUUGAUUGGUCUGGGUGUUCUUUGUGACUAAAUUCUGUGAUUUCUCAGCUGCAAGCCCCAAGUCUCCAGCGGCUAAAUUCACCUGACUUUUUGACAGGCCAAAUCUCUGCUCCUUGAGUACAGGGACAACUCUUCCUCCCUCCUCCCAGGCCCCCCGUGUGUGAUAGUGUAUUUAAUGUGUUUUUUUUCUUUUAAUGCGACAUUAAAAGAUUCUUCACGUCUUGCUCAGCCUUUGAGAAAAGUUUCAGAUUCUUGUAUUUGCUUGUUUUAUAUAAAACUAUCCAAUGUUCUUCGUAUGUUUUUUUCUGUAUGUAAUGGGGGGAGGGAGGGAAAUUUACAUAAAACAGUCCUAGUUCUACAAUUUGUUAUUUUUUUAAUUAUUAUUUUUUAUCGUCGUUGUGAAACUGUCCAGGGGCUUUAAAGUCCGUGUUCCUUUGUGGUGAAAUAACCUCCUAAUAGUUUGAGAAAUUGCCAAGAAGAAGAAGAAGAAAAGCAAGACCCCAGUAGCAGAGCAUGGAUUCUGUGUCGUUUUCCAUUCUGUCUAUUACUGCCUCAUUCAAUAAAUAGUUAACAAAGUGGC